UACUGAGUUCCGCAAAAAUGCAAAAUUGCCUCGAACAGACACAUUGAGGAUAGAGUAUCAAUAUAGGUUGGGAAAAAAGCAACUUGAUAAUCUGAAGAAUUCAGAAGUGGACGGUGUUGGUGUGUUUGAGCGAGAGAAAUGAUGUGGUCUGUUUUAUCUCGACUUUCAGUUUGUCGUUCAGUGUUUUGUGUAAAACGAUAUGCAACCUACAGUAAUCCCUCAAAGCAUUUGGAUCAGUAUGAAGCUAUCUUGGAGCAGUUUCCUGGAGGAAUACAAAUGGCAUUUGCUUAUGGAUCUGGAGUAUUUAAACAGGAGGGUCAAAGUGAUGCCCAAGUUAAGGGAAAUAUGAUUGAUUUGAUAUUUGUUGUAGAUGAUUCAUACAGCUGGCAUUACAAAAAUAUGAAACAAAAUGGGAAACACUAUUCAUUCCUAAAAUUUUUGGGAGCAAAACAAGUUUCAAAUAUUCAAGAGAAGUAUGGUGCUGCUGUUUAUUUCAAUACUAAAGUUCAGUGUGCGGGGAGAGAAAUUAAAUAUGGAGUUAUAAGCACUAAACAACUUAUAACUGACCUAUUGGAUUGGAACACUUUGUAUGUGAGUGGUAGAAUGCAUAAACCAAUCAAAAUUCUUAUUUCACCCAAGAAGAUGGAGCUGUGUUCGGCUAUGCAAAUUAAUCUGGAGAAUGCCAUACAUGCAGCAUUACUUUUACUUCCAGAAACUUUCACGGAGGAGGAACUGUAUCAGCAGAUUGCUGCCCUCUCGUACGAUGGUGACUUCAGGAUGAAAUUUGGUGAAGACAAAAACAAAAUUUCUAAUAUUGUCAAACCAAAUAUGGCUUACUUUAGGAACCUUUACGAACAAAUUUUAUUAAAAGAGGAACAUGUCAAAUGGAAUAUGAAGCAAGGUGUCUUAGAACAAUACCCCAAUCAUGUGUCCCAAUUUCAUCACUUGAACCUUCUUCCAAAAACAGUUCAGUUAAAUCUUUUAUCUUGUAUGCACAAAAGGCCAGGGAAAUACCCUGACUUAGAGGAAAUCAUUAGACAGCUAGCUUUUGACAGUAACUGUGCGGACUAUGUGAGACAGAGUAUUGCAGAUAUUGUGAAGAGUUCCAGCAGAAGCCAGAGCAUUAAAGGCAUAUUCACCGCAGGAAUAGUGAAAUCUGUACUUUAUGGUAGUAGGAAAGUCCAAAAGAUGCUCGACAGUAGAACAGAACAAAAAAGUCUCACAUAACCCUGAUGUCAAAU